AUGGCCUCCAACAACGUGCCCGACGUCGAGAAGGAUCAUGCCGGCAGCGACUCUGUCAACGGCAAGUAUGAUCUUCACCACGACCACCACAACGAGGAGACUGCUCUGAGGAGGAUCCGGACGGCCGGAAGCAUUUCUAUCACUCCAGAGCUCUUCGAGAAGAUCUAUCUGUCUCCCAAGAAUCGGGUCUCUAACAAUAUUCGGUCGACCUUUGGUAACCCGACUCCCCUUGCUCUCGUCGGAUUUCUACUGUCUUUGACUCCUCUUUCGAACAUCCUCCUGGGAUGGCGAGGAUCCGGUGGACUUGGCGCGGCUGAGGUGGGCGUCUACUACUUCUUCGGCGGUCUGCUCAUGACGUUGGGUGCACUCCUGGAAUUCAUCUUGGGCAAUACCUUCCCUUUCGUGGUCUUCGGCUCCUUUGGUGCUUUCUGGCUUUCGUUUGGAGCAACUCUAACACCAUAUUUCAACGCAUCCAUCGCUUACGACCCGACACACCCGGCUCAGGCGUCGACGGAUCCCACCUUCGCUUCUACAUUCGCCUUCUUCCACGUCUACAUGGCAGUGUUGUGCUUCGUCUACGCCGUCAUCGCACUCCGAACCAAUCUCGUCUUUUUGCUCAUCUUUAUCCUCCUCGUUGCCGCAUUCUCAUGCCUGGCAGAAUUCUUUUUCCAGAUUGGUGAGGGAGUAACAAACACCGGCAUGAUGCACGCCGCCGGAGGUACCACGUUUGCUGUUUGUCUGCUGGGAUGGUACCUCUUCUUCGUGCAACUUCUUGCCGCUGUCGACUUCCCCCUCAACCUCCCCGUGGGCGACCUCAGCCGAUUCGUCAAGGGAGCAAGCGAGAGGGCUGAGAAGUCCGACUAA